UGUGCGACGUGUAGUUGGCUUUCAUUGAGCUUGUCGCGUCUGAACGGGCUCUCUUCAGAUAUUCUCUGGAAAGGGGUCGAUAGUGUCCUUUCGUUUGCAAUUUGCAUUUCAAUAGUCCUUUACUAUUGUUUCGACCUCACUAUCUCAGCACGAAAUUUGAAUUUAAAAGCUGAGGAGGCCUGGAGUUUUUUUUUCUCCCCCCCAACGCGUGUAUUUAUUUUUAAAAUAGUAUUUAAAUUAAAGUAGCGUUUAAUGACUUAACUUUGCUCCGGGUUUCGUCAAUCUGUAGUGAUCUUGUCGGGUUGCACGGUUAGUUUUUAAGAGGGCGAACGAGCAUUUGUGAACGCCAUGGCGACCGAAGUGGAGACCUGGUCUAAUGCUCAGCAACACGACGGGGUGUUCUCCUUCGAUGAAAACGGAGCGCAGGCAGGCCGUCCCUAUGGUGAAGAAGACGACGGGUUGAACGAGGCAGAGGUCAACGGUAACUGGACGCCCCAGGAGAAGGCACUCCAUGAGGCGCGGCUUAAAGCUAAAGCUAAGCGUAGAUUGCGCAAGAACUCAUCCCGCAACUCCACCAGCGACUCGAUUUCUGAGAGCGGGGAGCUGGCUGGCGGUGACCCACACAGUCCCAAGGGUAAACUCAAUGCCAGUGACCGCAAGUCUCGCACCGGCAAAGGCCGAGGUCUGCCCAAGAAGGGUGGGGCAGGGGGUAAAGGGGUGUGGGGGGCUGCAGGAAUGGUUUAUGAGGUUGAGGAGCCUGAUGCACGGGACCCUAACUAUGAUGAAUCUGCUCAGGGAGACACAGUAUAUGCCACGGUUGUGCCGGAGCUAGAUGAGAGGGAAUUGGAGAAAACGGUCAACCCCAUUGUACAGGAGUACUUUGAACAUGGGGACACAAAAGAAGUCCAGAUGUUGCUAAAAGAGCUGAACCUGGGCCACCAUAAAUACGAGUUCUCAUCCCUGGCGGUGUCCCUGUCCCUUGAAGGCAAGGCCAGCCACCGAGAGCUGACCUCCCGUCUGCUGUCUGAUCUGUCAGGCAAGGUUUUGUCUCAGAGUGACAUGGCUCGGGCAUUCGAUAAGAUGCUCAAAGAGCUGCCAGACCUCAUACUGGACACACCAGAAGCUCCACAGAUGUUAGGCCAAUUUAUUGCACGGGCAAUAGCAGACCAUGUCCUUCCCAUGGCAUUCCUGGACCGUUACAAGGGAAAGGUGGAUUGUGAACAUGCCAGAGCGGCCUUGGACCGAGCUGCUGUGCUCCUCUCCAUGAAGAAAGAAAUAGUCAGGCUAGAUAAUGUGUGGGGUGUGGGUGGAGGCCUGAGACCUGUCAAGCAUCUCAUCAAAGAGAUGAACCUUCUGCUUAAGGAGUACCUGAUAUCGGGUGAGGUUUCGGAGGCAGAGCACUGUGUGAGGGACCUGGAAGUACCCCACUUCCAUCAUGAGUUGGUCUAUGAGGCCAUAGUGAUGGUGCUGGAGUCUAAAGGUGACACAGCCAUUCAUAUGAUGGUGAAGCUGCUGCAGGCCCUCUGGAAGACAGGCCUCAUCACUGUGGAUCAGAUGAACAGGGGUUUCCAGCGUGUCUAUGAUGAGCUCCCUGAGAUCAGCCUCGAUGUGCCACAUGCCCACUCUAUCAUGGAGACUUUUGUGGACCUGUGCUACCAGGAGUCUGUUAUCAACAAACAGCUGAGAGACGCCUGCCCUUCCAGAGGGCGAAAACGCUUUGUCAGUGAGGGGGAUGGUGGAUUGAUCAAGAACUAAUCCAGAGGAGGAUGAGGCGCAAGAGGUGGUGCAGGUUUUGGACCCUUCCCUCUAGUCCGGCCUGUGUUCCAUAAACUGGGCGGACUGGUGGUCUUAACUUCCCUUGUUCUAUGCCUAAUUACACCAUCAUUAUAUACAGUUACAUCUCUGCUCAAACACGCCAACAUUGAUGAUAGGUGCGAGUUGACUGAGGAAAGGGCCAAGGCGUUUACUUCUUUUCUUAUUUUUUUUCUUCUUCAUUUUUUAUUUUUGUAGUAAUACUCUUGGCCCUCCUGGUCUCAUUUUUCUGUACCUAGUUAGUCAGGAAUGAUUUAAACUGAAGCUUGGGAAGAAAGGAAGCUGGCUGUUUGUUUCUCUGGAAGAUGAAAUAAGGUGUUUUUGGUGCUCUUGUCUUGCUGUGCAACACCUUUCACUACAUGUCUCUGUUUAUACAUUUCUUUUUUUUUUGCAUGUAAUACUUAUAAAAUUGAAAACUCAAAAGAAAAGUGGCAAACAUAACUUGUCAUUGUCAGCAUAUUAUUGUCAGCUUAGUAUCUUGGCUCAGUAUGGACAAUACUUUAUUUUCCGCCAUGAAUUUCUCACUUCAUAUCUACUUUCAGACAAUUGUGUUCUGGUUGUAGAUUUUUUGGUCUUAUGUGCCGUUUUUCUCUGCUCUUUGCCCUUGCAUCAAAGCUAAUUGUUCAUCUGGUAAAGCACAGCAGUAACAAGAGUAUUUCUGUUACCAUUUGGGUGUUUAUAUGAAUCUUGGUUCGUGUUUUGGAAGCCCUCUUCCCUUUUCUGAGAGUAAGAAUGAAUUGGGGCUAGUGUUAAAAUGAGAAAAAAACAAAACAAAAACAAAAAUUAAAAAAAAACCCAGAAGUCUUGAGGAUUUUCAUUUUUGAUUGAAUUUUCCAAGAUACAGGGAACUACUGCCACACCAUCAUGGAUCAGAUCUUCACAUGUGAAAGGUUUAUGUGGUUCCUUUUAAAUCAUAAACGUUUACCAACGUUUCUUUAACCAGGAACUUGCUAAACGAGGAAAAAUUGCUACCCCAGUUCUUAUCUUACAGAAGAGAAUAUUGUUGUUCAGCUUUUCAACUGGCAAUUGUGGAUGAGUUUUGCAUAUUGACCAAAGAAAGGGAUAUGGUUAAGAAUAUAUUACAUUGAUUAAAAAAAGACAACAAAACUAAGUGUCUAUUCCUUGUUCAUUCCAGCGGUGGAGUUAUACAUGAUCAAUCAUAGCUGUAUCAAUUGUAGCCCUUUGUGUAUGACUUGUUCCAUUAAUAUUCAACGAUCCAACUUCUAUCUCAAACUUCAGUGACAUAUUUUAAUAAAAGCAAAUCGAGGCGUAAAUGAUUUGAAAGCAGACGAGUAGUUUCCAAGUUUCAUUGACUUUUUCUAUUGGUGGUUCCGUUUAUUGGAUACUUGACGUUUUAAAAAAACAGCUGUAUGACCCCCAAAUUUACUGAUUUUGGACGUUCUGUUAAAAGCCUUAAAACGUUUCGUGACGUUUAAUAUUUUGCAGUUGUUAGAACCCACAGCACACAUUUAUGCAUAGCUCGCUCAUUUCAGUUUACGGGGCAAAGAUCUUGAUCAGAUGCAACUUUUUUUUUUAUAUACACGGUAAUUUGUAUUUGUAUUACCAUAUUGACCGAACACGCUCGGCUGAAACGUUUAUUCAGCUAUUUUUAACCGAGUCAACAACUCCAUUUGAGACACUAUGUUUCAAUAAAACACAAUAUU